GACACAUGACGCCAUAUUGCUAAGGUAACUGUAAUGUUUAGUUAGCCAUAGGAAAACACAAUUGGCAUCAACUUGGUAUGGUUAAAGGUUGUUACUUAAUUCGUGUAUUUUCAGUUAUCUUAUAUAAUCAGUGUAGCAGCUAAAUGCAUUUCUCUCACAUCAGAAUUUGAAGGGGCUUGACCAUAGGAACUAAGGAUUGUUUGUUGUUGUAAACGGGUAAAAUAUUUCUGACGCACUUCAGUGUUCACGUAGCUACUAAGCUUAGCAACAUUAGCAUUAGCUGAUCAAAGAGAGAGCCUGUAGUAGUCAGACACUAUUUGAAUCUGCACUAAUACACGACAAACCGUGCAUGUAUUUUCAAAGUGUUCAUUAAAAUAUUAUUCAUUUACUUAUGUCCGCUUGCCGUAUUCUCGGUUUGUCAUCCUAUUUUGUUUUAACGUUAGCUACGGUAUCAUUUUUUGCGGACUCGAGCGGGACGUUGGUUAACGUUAGCUAACGUUAGAAACAAGGCGUAACGUUAACAAAACAUAUUCAAUAUCGACGGUGCACCUAUUGUCGGUAUGCACUGAUAAUAAAGUGUGUGCAUGUGCGAACUACACUGACAACAAAAAAACCCCAAACAAACUAGCUGCAGUGCCAUCAACUGGAUCACCUUUUAGGCCCACGGGAUGGCUGCUGCAGGACCUGCAGCCGGACCAAGUACCUCCAAGAAGGAUAUCAUAGAUAUUUACAGUGACUUGAAUCAAAACGACGAGGAUUUGGACCAAAUUGCUGAAGCAAAUGAACUUUUUGAUGCUGUUCUGACUGGCUCAGUCAAUCAGGACAAGAACGUUAUUACAAAUGUGGCACCUCCUAAGGAGACACCAGAUAAAGAGGAGGCUAAAUCAACAACAGUGAAAAGUCAAAAAGGAGGGAACUCACUGAGGAGACUGUCAUUAUAUAUUGGAAAUUUCCCCUGGUGGACAUCUGACAAGGACCUCACAUGCAUGGCUCAAACUCUGGGUGUGAAGGACAUCAUAGAUAUCAAGUUUGCUGAGAACAGAGUCAAUGGCCAGUCAAGAGGAUAUGCAGAAAUGGUGGUAACCUCAGAAGAAUCAUUAAAAAUAUUGUUGGAAAAAAUUCCUCAAUGUGAACUCCAUGGGGAAAGGAUAGACUGUCGCUUUGCCACUCGCCAGAACCUCACCGUGUUUGAGGACACAGCAAAUAAACGUAUACCCAUGCGUGUUAAUUCCAAAGAUCCGAAGGACUCAGAUUCUUCGGAAAAGAUUCCCUCAUUAUUAUCACAGGAAUCCAGCCCUCCCCCUGUACCUCCACUUUUUCCAUCACAUCCAGUUGCAAACAGGUUUCCCUCAUUACCCAGCUCUUUCCUUGGACAGCCACCUCUUCCCUUCCCACAUAUGCCACCAAACAUCCCUCCACCCCCACUACCCCAUUUGUUCCCUCCUCAUCCAGUCCAUGUUCCUAGCCAACCAUCUCCCAGUCUGCAUAUAAAUCCAGCAUUCUUCACACCAGCACAAGACGGGCACAGCAGCAAAGCUUACAGCCAGCAAAAACACACACCUCAAAGUACAGGUGGAGAUUUUGAGGAGCUGAUGAACAGAAAUAGAGCUGUUGCCAGCAGUGCCAUCACCAAGGCUGUGUCUGGAGCAACAGCUGGAGACUUGCGGGUCGCCAUGGAGACUCUAUUAACUGCCAUUGCCAUCAUUAAGCAGUCCAGAGUGUACGGAGAUGAACGCUGCCAAGCCCUGGUCACCUCACUCAAAGACUGUCUAGUCUCUAUCCAGGGCAACUACGGUUACAGGGGCAGCAGUCGUUCUCGGGACGAAGAAAGAGACCGUGACAGGGGUCGUGACAGAGAUCGAGAGCGUGACAGAGAACGUGACAGAGAACGUGAAAAAGAAGGUUCUUCUGGUUGGGAAGUUGCGGGAAUGUCUCGAAGACGCAGAGAACGCUCCUGGAGCGGUGAGAGGGACAAGGAACGCUCGCGGGAAUGGGAAAGGCACAGAGAUCACAGAGACCGAUACCGCUAACUUGAUCUUGAUCUCAAUGAGACUACCUGAUUAAAUAAAGGUUUUAUGUGUAUAAAAAGCUUCAACAAACACAAUACAAAAAUUGCUUCAUAUUUUAUUUCAUUAAGUCUUGUUACCUUUUGUAAUUGUGAUUGAAUAGAAUACAAUUUUGUCAACAUAGAAAUAUAUUAAAUCACAUGCACAUAAUUUUCUGCUCUUUAGUUCAUUAUGAAUGUCCGUCACAUUUUUCCAACAGUGUGCAUUUCUGGCCGAACACUUGCUUUAGUCUUAAGAGUUGUUUUAGGCAUGUAAUUAAUUUCAAUAUAACAUUCUGUAUUUCUCCCUAUAUUUAUUUAUGUGACUUGAGAGUGUAGAUUACUAGGUUUAUUUUAAGGUUUUAAGCUGUAUUGGAUAAACCGUUUAGUUCCUAGUGCUAGUUCAACGCACCCAAAACCUUUUUGACAGAUUAUGGUUCAUGUGGUUCAAGUGAAGGUCAGUAAAGUAGUUAUUUUUAGUACAAAGUUCUUACUGUGCAAUGAACUGUUAAAAGUCUGCAACAUUUUACGUCACCAGACUCUUAAUACAUCGUCAUCAUCACAUUUUUAGUCUUACUUCUUAUCAGUAUAUGACGUAUAUAGACGUACAAUCAUGGCUAUAACUCAAUAACAUAUGCAAUAUAGUAAAGUGAGGUAAAGCAUAUGCAUAACUUAGAGUGAAAUGUAAGAAAGCUUUUCAGUCAGUACAAAUAUUUAUAGCAUUCUAUAGUUUUAGGAAUUGUAGCAAUUGGCAUAAAGUGCUAGGACAAAAUGCCACUAAGUAUUACUGUAGUUGUAAGGACAAUUAACACACAUCCUCAGAGGCUCUUGCUAUAUUAAGCUGCUGGCUAACACAGUCCGUAUUUGAUUUGUGUAAAUGUGGCUUUGAAAAGUAUGCAUUUUUUUCCUCCCCAGACUGACAGUUUUUAAGUGUGAAGCAGA